ACAAUAACCCAUGACUCACUGCUGGCAACCUUGACUCAAGUUUCCCCGCAAGUGUUUGCAGUCGCUGAAGACUCAAAACACUGAAGAGGAUGAGGAACACCAGGGUGUUCUGCACCCACCUGCUUGGCUUAUGUCUUAUAUUGUACGAUGCUCGGUCUGAGGGCUGUGGUGGCUAUGGUUCUCCACCACCUCCACCAAACAUCAGUCAUUCUAGUGACAAGCAGAGCCUGGAGCUCAGCUGGCUGAGGAUCCAAGGAACCUCAGAGAGGGAUGUUUAUGAGAUCCAGAUCAGCCGCACAGAAAAUCACCUUAUUAUUGACAAAAUGAGCAAAGCUGCAGCGGACUCAGCUCAGUACAACUUGAUGUGGUUUUCUGAUUUGCCUCUGGAGUGUGUUGAUCACUCAGUCAGGAUGCGACUUUUUUGUAAUCAAACUUUCCAUAGUCCUUGGAGCACCUGGAUAACCCACCAUGGAAUUAAAGCAACGGAUAAGUCCCAGAUUUUUCCUUCCGGAAAGAUACUGAAGGAAGGAAGCAAUGCCACGUUCUGCUGUAUUCCCAGAGUGAAUGCAAACAUAGCAAAAAUCUCCUUCGAAAGAAAAUCGUUCGAUCUUCUCAACAACACAUAUGGGGUUAAAGCUAUUUUAGUAACUAAUCUGACAAUUCCAGACAGACUAUUCAAAUUUCUGGUACUGGUCUGCAGUGAAUCAACAGGAAACACUGUCGAUACAUUUAACUACAUCAGCUUUCCUCCUCAAAAGCCCAGAAACCUGAGCUGUACAACUUCAGACAUGAAAAGCAUCAAUUGCACCUGGGACCUUGACAGGAAACGGGAUAAAUAUGAUCGCAACAAGCAAAAUAUAACACUCCAUAUUGAGAGCACAGACCAUCCUCCCAUCAGCUGUCAGCCACAGUCUUGUGUUUUCCAAGCAGAUCAACAGCAGCAGGAAUACAAAAUCAGAGUGGAGAUAAAGGACAAGCUGGGUGAGGAGAAUGCAACCUACAGCUUCAACAUUGCUGAAAGAGUGUCACCUGCCUUGACGUGGGAGAAGGUGAUUGCUGGAGUGACCAAUGUCAGCCUGUCCUUAAAUGUAUCUGUACUGAAGAACAUGACUUGUCAGGUUUGGCUAGAUACAGAAAACACAAAGGAGUCUUUGCAAAGAAUAACCAUUGUGAAUGAAAAGGGUCUUUGCAAUGUCCUAUUGGAUGGCCUGCAUUUCAACACAAGUUACUCUGCUAGGGUGCGCUGUUCUGUCAAUGGCAUUUUCUGGGGUGAAUGGACUCCCACCACAAAAUUCACAACAAACCCAUUAGUAACCUUGGACCUAUGGAGGAAAAUACAGUCCAACCGUAGUUCAGACACUCGUAACGUUACUCUCCUUUGGAAACCUCAUGUUUUUAGCAAAGAGAUCAAAAGUUACAAAAUCAAGUGGUCACGUGGAGGUCAACCUCAGACAGAGGAGAAGGAUGGAGGAGAAAGCCAGGCAGACAUCCUCAUUGGUCCUGAAUUGAGUAACAUAACUGUCCAGGCUGUUCCUAAAUUUGGGUCCUCUAUUCCUGCUCACAUCACUAUUCCACCAAAAGAUGAGUCUGAAAUCCCUCAGUUAAAGAAGCACCUGAACAAUAUCUCAGCUGCUGGUUUGCAUCUGUGGUGGGAAAAGCAGAUCUCUGUCACCUGUGGUUACACUGUUGUGUGGUGCAGAAGAACUGCAGCCAGCAAUUUAGAUUGGAUCAAAGUACCAAAAGAAAACAACACUUUGUUUAUACCUACAGAAGGAAAUUUCAAACGGGGUCACAGGUAUUCAUUCAAUAUUUAUGGAUGCUCAGAAAAUGGUGACAAGCUACUAGAGAUACAGACUGGAUACAUGCAAGGGAAUGACCCCCGGCAGAAGUCUGUAACUAUAGAUGGUCUGCAGCCGCACCAGGACUAUGUCUGCUGUGCGUGUGAAGUGACUAAAGUUGGGCGUGGAUUACCUGACACCUGGAUGACUGAAACCAAUAAUGACCUCCUCUUGGUGCAGAUUUUGAUCCCCAUCAUACUAUUUCUCACCUGCAUCAUUAUUCUGUGGGCACACAGAAAAAAGCUGUGGAAAGAGUUAAAGAAGAUACUUGUUUAUCCUGCUGGUAUGAACAUCAAAGAUCUACAGUUUGAGAGUUUCCUGUUUGAGACUGAUAAAAAGUUACACUCUGAGAAAGUGGAGGAGCCCAUCAGCAGUGACAUUGAAGUCCUGAACAUCACAUCUUUGAGGCAUGAGCACACAACCCUGAGGAAUCCCAAACAGACAAGCACAAUGUGCUCACUUACUUCUUAUUCACCUGUUCCUCCUUCCUGUGUCCAACUCCAGACAGGCUACCGCCCUCAGUGUACCGCCUGGCUCUGUGAGAGACCAGAACCUCAGCAAAUGAUCUGUGUUUCAAACUACAGCUACUUAAAUCCCAUCACCGAGCCAAAUGAAGUUGAGUUUACUAAAAAUGAACCCAGCUUAGAGACUUCUGACAGCAUUCAGGGACCAUAUGCAGUAUAUUGUUAUACCUGUGAUAGUCAGUUUUAACAAAACCUGACAAAAAUAUGAAUUGAUUUUGCUUUAAGAGAACGGCAUCCUAAAUUUAAAACAUACUGGGGGUGUGUUUAACAAGUAUCCACAUGAAAGGAACUUAAUUCAUAACAAACAUGGAGGGAACUAGAUUUCCCGAAUUUUAUCGACAUGUUUUAAAGUCGUUUCAUUAAGUUCUUUUCAUGUGGAUACUUGUUAAACACACCCCCAGUAUGAAUGAGGUAUUCCAGAUGCAAGAUGGAGAUUAGCUGAAAUGCUGUCAAAAAGUGGACUAAACUGUUUGGCAACUGAAACAAGUGUAAUGCUGAAAGUUGAUCUGAAUCUCUGGUGUAACCAUCUGGUUUUCAGUUCACACAUAGUAGUGAAAAAUUGACGUGUUUUAUGUCCCAUUUUUGUAAUAGUCCAAUACUAAAUAAUACAUGAUUACCUAAUUUUCUUGGAAAUACAAAUCUUUGAAGUUUGUCAUACAUUUGGUUUUAGUUCAUUAGAGAAAUUACCAAGGCUUUGCUGUAAACAAGACCAAAUUUUACGGUCGGGUAAAGUCUGCAGGGGGAGCAGGGUCUGCAAGGUCUGCUUUUGUUUUAAAGCUGAGUGUAACUGCUUUAUAGAAUUCCACCAGUAAUCUAAUGUUGCCUACUACGUGAGAUAUAAUACAACCUUAAUUAAGUAAAAAAAAGUGAAUAAGUUAAGCUCAAAACAUAUUAGGCUAUUUAGACUUGUUAAAGACUUAAUUUCACAAGGUCCAAAAGGAAUUAAAAAAGUUAAUAAAGCUAAGUUAAAAGAAAACAUGUUAAGU